GUCGUACUAGUAAUAUAGUAGUACCAAAUUUAAAAAACGAUUUUUGUUUUGAUGUUUUAUUUUUUCAUUAUCCUUAGUUUUGCAAUCGUAGAUUUAAUGCACAUGUGCCACGUAUGACGAAUAAUUUAUGCAGUGAAACGAAAUAUUUUUAGUUUGUGUGCUUGUUUUCAAUUGCUGCGAAAUUUCUGACUAAAUCGUACAUUAUCAGGAUGAACCGAGAAGAAAAUCUUUGCUGGUUCCAUGGAAAAGUAUCCCGCGAACGAGCAGAGGAAAUUCUUAGACGAGAGGGUGGUGACGGGAUCUUUAUGGUACGAGAAAGCAGCUCGUCCGAAGGAGAUUUUGUUCUGUCUGUGCUGUUCCAGAACGAAGUUGUUCACUACCAGAUCCGUCGUCACGGAGAUGAUGCUUUUUUUUCGAUCGAUGACCAUACUCCGAUCCACGGCCUAGACUCACUGAUCGAACAUUAUCGGGAAUCUUCCCACGGAUUGGUCACUCAACUGCAGGCCAUCUGUCGCAGUGAGCCUCCUCCCCAUGAUGUUCGCAGCCAUGGGACAACGAAUUUACUGCACAGAGCAACUAAAGAGUGUAACUACACGAUUGUCUCGGAACUAUUAAAAUGUGGAUACCGGAAUAUUGAUUCUAAGAACCAGGACGGACAAACAGCAGUUCAUCUGGCAUGCCUACACGCAGAAGCUCGGAUUUUAGAAAAACUUAUCGAACGAGGGUCUAAUAUUAACAACCGCGAUGCUCAAGGAAAUACUCCUUUGCAUUACGCAUGUCGAAGACAAAAUGGUCUGGAUAUGGUUCGUUUAUUGAUUCACGCGGGGGCGAAUAUACAAGCACGAAACAAAGAUACAGGAUGGGUCCCAUUGCACGAGGCUGCUGCCAAUGGAAAUCUCGAGUCGGUAAAGGAACUAUUAGCUAAUCGUGUGCCUCACAUGCCCAGAACCAACUUCGGAGAACUCCCAGCCGAUUUGGCUGAAGAGAAAAAUUACUACACAGUUGUUGAUUUUUUAAACAGUUAUGAGCCUGCGCUUCCCACGACACACAAAGGUCAAUGGUAUCACGGAACUCUAGACCGGCAGGUUGCUGUUGAGAGCUUGAAGGAACAUGCUCAAAAAAUGCUGCCAAUCAGUCCUAGAAAGGAAAAUAAGGAAAAUUCUACAAAAUUUGAAGACUGGCCUGACACAUCUGGAGUUUAUUUAGUACGGUAUUCCACAAAACAUGGAAUAGACGUUUUGACGCUGUUGUUUGAUGGCGACGCAAAGCAUUUCAUGAUCCAGAGAAAGCAAACUUUUCUUUACAUAGAUGAUGGUCCUUACAUGACAUCCUUGGAGCAUCUAAUAGAACAUUACAGUCGAUUCUCCGAUGGAUUGCAGAUUAAUUUAAAAUAUCCUGUUCCGCCAAAACCGAAACCACCAAUUCCUUUGUUUUCAACAAUUCCUAAAACAAAGCACAAACUUGCAAGCAGUCCCCAUGCGCAAAUGAGUUCGCCUAGCAACGGAAGUACAUCGUUCAUUCGCAAAUCAAGCGACAAUAGUUUAUCUAAAACGCAACGACCGCCUGCUCCGGUGCGAAAUUUGUCCGUUCCAAAUGAAAGCAUUUUACGACAAAUGAACAAAGUUGGUCUGUUUGAAACUGAUCCAGACAUUAUUCCCACUCCAAAGAUUUCUCCCAAUAUAGAUGAGAGCAAAGCAAAGUCUGGUACUUCGACACAAAAAAAGAAAAAGAAUAUCAUAAUAGACGGCAUGAAGAGUUUACGAAAAAGCAAAAUUAAGCAAGAACCUCCCGCAGAUCAUGAGCGCCAACUGAAUAGAGAUAGUCUUAUUGCACAAGUCAUUUCGUCCAAAAUUCUACCACAGAUAUCAUUCUCUUCUGAUUUUUCAUUACCUCCGAAAAAUCCACUGGAUAUGUCUGGUGAAUUGUACAACAUACCAAGCAACAACUGUGCUAUAGUAGACAUCGAUAUUGGCGAACCAUCAGUUCCGUCCAGUCGUGUGAUCGAUCGAGUCAACAACAACGGAGCUUCCGCUGAAGGCAGUCCUUUGCAUUUAACGUACGAUCAACGCAGAUCUUCCGGAGCUGCUGCAGGUGUCAUCGAUCGCUUCAUAGAAAGUGAUAAGGACAUUUACAACGAUAAUAACCAGCUAGAUAACAGUGUCGAAGAAAUCUACUUUAUCGAUGCUCCGCCUACAUUACCGGCUCCUAGACCUCCUCAAUUCCAGACUGUAUUUAAUGACAAUAACAAUGCUUCGAGACAACCAGCACCACCCCCGCUUCCCCUGGUAACUGCUAAUACUUCAACCAAUUACAUAGCCACACGAAACGUGCCUGUUUUUAGCAGUAUUUCAGUAGAAGAAAGUGCUUCCCCUACUAGCCCUCCGCCCGCUUUGCUAGCCGGACUCCGCCAGGGAGGUCCGUUCGAGCGGUUGGAUUCAACGUUGUCAACCUUUAGCCGUGAUAGUGUCCAAAGCGGAGAUUCGGAAUUCCUUAGUAUUAUCCAGCAACAGCAAGAUGAGGAUGAGAAACUUCAGCUGAAAUUGAACCGCAGUAUAUCAAAUCGACCUAACUACUUCAUCCCUAAGCAAUGUAUAAUCACACAAAAAGUCCUCGGACGUGGAGAAUUCGGUUACGUUUACCAAGGCUCACUAAUUCCGUGCCAGUUAGACUCUUCGACGGAUCUCUUGAUCCCUACAACGGAUAAUCCAUCUGAAUACAUCCCGAUUGCAGUCAAGCAAUUGGUCGAGAGCCAGGGUAAACGGAAUCGGGCGGAUUUUCUGCGGGAAGCUAGCGUUAUGAUCCGUUUAAGGCACCACUGCAUUGUAAAGUUGAUCGGCAUUUGCAAAGGACCUCCACUGAUGAUGGUUGAGGAAUUGGUACCGCUUGGUUCGAUGCUGGACUACAUUAUUUCCCACAAAACUACUAUAAAUCCAAAACACGAGCUGAUUAUUUGGGCCGCACAGAUAGCUUGUGGAAUGCAAUACCUCGAACAACAUCAUUUUGUCCAUCGCGACUUAGCAGCACGGAACAUUUUAUUGGCUCAUCGAUAUCAGGCUAAAAUCUCCGACUUUGGUCUAUCUCGUGCAAUCGGUGCUGGUGAUGAUUAUUAUCGAGCCAGUCAAGGCGGAAAAUGGCCAAUCAAAUGGUACGCUCCAGAGAGCUUCAACUACGGCACUUUCUCCCACGCUAGUGACGUAUGGUCCUUCGGAGUGACAAUGUGGGAAAUGUACUCGCUAGGUCAACCUCCUUACCAAGACAUGAAGGGCGUCGAGGUAAUCAAACUGAUCGAAAACAACCAACGACUUUCGCAACCAGACCUGUGCCCCAAUAGAGUGUUUGAUAUUGUGAAAAGCUGUUGGAAUUACAACCCAAAAAAUAGACCGACGUUCAAAUUUCUAACAAGAUUCUUUACCGACGAUAUCGAAUAUCAAAACCUGCAAGAAAUGGUGCAAAGUGGAAAGGAAAUCAACGCGAACAGUAACAGUUGAGGUGAUUCUUUUGCAAGCAGCAAUAUUAAAAGUAUUAUAUUUCGAUUAUUUUGUCUCUGCAACUUGCUAAUCAAAUUGCUAAAGUACAGGGCUUUUUAUAAUACGCCAUAAAACGUCUAACUGUACGACAAAGGAUGCAUCUGUGGAUAAUCUGUGUUUUAUACUUUUUUCUAAAGUAUCUCGUUUGAAAAGUUGUGCAUAUCGUUAGUCAACCAAUAUUUAUUUGCCAUAAAAGUAGUUGGUCGUACUUCUUUUAAAAAUGUGGAUGUUAUACCUCUUAUAUUUAUUUUAACCCAUCAUUCCUCUUCUUUAAAAAAUGAUAACUGUUUUAAGAAAACAAUCUGAAAUUUGACAAAGGUGAAAUCCGUUGGCAAAAUUGUAAUGAAGCUUGUGUCAUAUGAUUAAGAAAAUCAGUAUAAAGGAUUUUAUAUCUUUCUUAUGUGCCUUCAACCAAUGUGUUAUUUUAAAAGCAUUUAAGAUUGUCAUUCAAAUUCAGAUUUCAAUUAAAGGUUGAGCAAAAAAACAGUAAAUACAUAGUAAUAAUAAAACUGCAUGAAAACUAAA